UGGACCGCUGGAUUUGGGGGCGAUGCUGGAGCUUCGGGGCCUGUUCUCCGGCUAGUCUGGCCCCUGCUGAAGCUCCCGGCGUGGCCCUGGAGCGCAGCGGGUGAGCGGGCGCGGGACAGCCUCAUGCAGGCACGCAAGAAGUACGUGCUUCUGGGCCUGUGCACGUGCUGCUGGAUCCUGCUGUAUUACUGGGCCGGCCUGCAGGAGCGCCUCCUGGGCCUCAUUACACACAGGAGAGGAGAGGUGCCGCGGCCCUGGCCUGAUUGGCUGGAUCGGGCUUUACUCCCGAAUUUUGCAGAGCAAUUGGAUCUCCAGAAUGGCGGCGGCCCGGGCGACUCUCCUCGGCAGCGGAAACAGGCGUGGAGCAGCAUCUACAAGGACAGUCGCUGCCGGAUGGAUACGUGUUUUGACUUUGGACGAUGCCAAACUCAAAGUGGCUUCCGUGUCUACAUCUACCCACCUGAAAAAGGUGAACGGGUGUCUGAGAGCUACCGUAAAAUUCUCACUUCAGUCUCCGAGUCCAGAUAUUACACCUCGGACCCUCGGGAAGCGUGUUUGUUUGUGUUGGGAAUCGAUACGCUGGAUAGGGAUCAGCUUUCCCAGCAGUUUGUGCCCAACGUUGAUGAGCGGAUUCGAGGAUACCCACUUUGGAACGACGGUCGAAAUCAUGUCAUCUUUAAUCUAUAUUCCGGCACCUGGCCCAAUUACACUGAGGAUUUGGGUUUUAACGUUGGCCAGGCUAUUUUAGCUAAAGCUAGUCUGAAUACUGAACAUUUCCGGCCGGGUUUUGAUAUUUCCAUCCCGCUGUUCUCCAAGGAGCACCCGCAGAAGGGCGGGAAAAGAGGAUGGCUGGUUCGCAACUCGGUUCCCCCGAGAAGGAAAUAUUUGUUGAUGUUUAAAGGUAAACGCUAUUUGACGGGAAUCGGCUCGGAUACUCGCAACGCUUUGCAUCACAUACACAAUGGCAAGGACAUCGUUUCCUUAACAACGUGUCGCCAUGGAAAAGACUGGGAGAAACACAAAGAUGCUCGCUGUGACCAUGACAACCAGGAGUACGAGAGGUAAGACAAUGGGGAGUUUCUGUACCUAUA